AGUGGCAAGUUGUUUGUUACAGCGAACACCAGCUGCUGCUGCGCCGGGCGCCGCGCUCCGCCGGGCGCUGUUUGCUUGUCCACCCCGUAGCUCGCUGCACCCCGCAGGUCCUCCCCAGGCCUCCUUUUUUUUUUUUUUUUGCAACGUGCCAAGCUUCCUUUUUUCUGGAUCGAAUACAAAUCAGCCUAGCACCGAGCUCCGGCCCCCCUUCCCUGGGCCGGUUGCCCCAAGGCUUGGGGCACGCAGGGGGCGGGGGCCGCUGCUCGUCCCCGUCCCCAUCCCCGUCCCCGUCCCCUCCGCCCGCCCUUGCAACUCGGGCCAUCGCGGAUGAUCCGCUGUGGGGGACCCCUGGGCGGACGAUGGAACUGCACAUUCUGGAACACCGGCUGCAAGUUGCCAGCGUCGCCAAGGAGAGUAUCCCGCUCUUCACCUACGGCCUCAUCAAACUUGCCUUCCUGUCUUCCAAGACCAGGUGCAAGUUUUUCAGUCUGACAGAGACCCCUGAGGACUACACCAUCAUCGUAGAUGAGGAGGGCUUCCUUGAACUGCCCUCCUCCGAACAUCUGAGUGUGGCUGAUGCCACCUGGCUGGCUCUGAACGUGGUGUCUGGUGGCGGCAGCUUCUCCAGCUCCCAGCCCAUCGGUGUGACAAAGAUCGCCAAGUCUGUCAUCGCCCCGCUGGCUGACCAGAACAUCUCCGUGUUUAUGUUGUCCACCUAUCAGACUGACUUCAUCCUGGUGCGCGAGCGUGACCUACCCUUUGUCACUCACACCUUGUCCUCGGAGUUCACCAUCCUUCGGGUUGUCAAUGGAGAAACGGUAGCCGCUGAGAAUCUCAGCAUCACCAAUGGCUUUGUGAAGCCCAAGAUGGUCAAGAGACCCGUCAUCCACCCGUUGUCCAGCCCGAGCAACAGGUUCUGUGUCACCAGCCUGGACCCAGACACACUGCCUGCCGUCGCCACACUCCUCAUGGAUGUGAUGUUCUACUCCAAUGGAGUGAAGGACCCCAUGGCUGCCAGUGACGACUGUGGUCACAUCCGCUUCUUCUCCUUCUCGCUCAUCGAGGGCUACAUCUCCCUGGUGAUGGAUGUGCAGACCCAGCAGAGGUUCCCGAGUCACUUGCUAUUCACGAGUGCAUCUGGAGAGCUCUGGAAGAUGGUGCGGAUAGGAGGACAACCCCUGGGAUUCGACGAGUGUGGGAUUGUAGCCCAGAUCUCUGAGCCCUUGGCAGCUGCAGACAUCCCAGCGUAUUACAUCAGUACUUUCAAGUUCGACCAUGCAUUGGUUCCAGAAGAGAACAUCAAUGGGGUUAUCCACGCCCUGAAGGUCAGUCAAGGAGGGAAACAUUAGAAAAAGCUCAUCUCUGGGCUCCUCCCAGCCGCAACCCACCUGGGCCUUUCCCCCACGAAGGUUAUUCUUGCAGUAUUUCCCUAUGGACUGAAAGAUCGGCCCCGGGACCCUAAGGAAGGAGUCUCUGGGACAAUCCCCUGAUUCCUGACUUCUCCAGGCCUGGGCCCAAACCAAGGCCACCCCCACAUCCACCUCCAGCCUUCCAGAACCCCCAGCCUUUUCAAUAAUGACUCAGUUGCUCCCCAGUGGGGAUGUGUCCAUCUUCCUCCCCCAAGUUCCACCCCAGAGAGUGGUCUCUGAGGCCCAGGGGGCUCGGGAACAGCCCAAGGCCUCACAUAUAGCCCACAGCAAACACCAAAGGAAGCUGGCACCUCCCACUAGACAUUGGGAUUGGGGUCCCGAAGCACCGAGGGACACCUUCAGUUGGCGGAGCAAAAUUGGGUGUGCAAAGCCGGGGAAGCCCCCAUGAGGAACCCCCCAGGAUGAAUGGUAUGGUUGCUGCUCCAGUUUCAGAGGCUUAGGGGCUGGUUCCCUCAGGAUGGAGGCCAGCAGACCACCCUCAGGUCAUAAUGGCCAGUGAGCCUCAGACAGUAGCCGUGGGCCCCCUACCACCAAGCUGGGGGGAAAAAAAUCAAGACCCCAGAACCCACCUGCUGCCCACACAGGGCCUGUGUCAGUUCCCACUAUGACUGCCAAGAGGGGUCCUGGGCCAACCUCCCACCAAGAGCACUCGUCCCUGGAGGAGGAAGGAAUCCCAUGAUGCCUCCUUUCCCACCAGCCUAGAGCACCAGCUUCUAUCUGUCCUCUGUUCGCUCUCCCUGGGCCCACGUGGGCAAACCGAAACUCCCAGCAAUGGAUAUCCCCACGUGCCCAGGCCUGGAGUGCCCUGGGCCCUGUCCACCUCCCUAGCUGUCACUCAGACCAGCCUAGAGUUUCCUUCUUCAUCCUCUGUACCCCACUUUUAGGGGACAAAGCGGCCUCGGCCCCCUGCCUAAAAUGCACCCAGCAGUCCGUGGCCUUGGGGACAACCGGGAGGCAGCUAUCUUGAGCAUUUGUAGAGAAAAAAAAAGUCACCCUUGCGGUUUCUUUAUUUAGUUGUUUGCAUACAGGUGGCUAGGGAAUGAGUAGUUCUGUUUGGAGGAGAUGGGGCCUGUUAGAGUCUCAUUUGGGUGCCCAGGGUUCAGUGGCACUCAGCAGCACGGCGUUUCUACAGGGACAGACACGGAUGCAAAGAUGUAUCCUAAGAAUCUUGGCCUUGUCUUCUGAGGAGGGGUAUUAGGACAAAGCUCUGGCACAAGACACCAGGACCCCCACAGCACCCCCUGCGGGGCACCCCGGCAUAUCAGAGGUGGUGAGAACACCUGAGAGGGUUACCCUGAGCUGGGACUAUGGGGUCCAGCAGACUUAGGCAUUGGGGUGUUUUCUCGGGCCUGUAUUAGGCCGUCUCCAGCAAAGCCGGAGAGGAGAAUGUUUGUUUACCCCUGCACGGGUCUCAAUACGAACUGUGUUCCUCCCUUCUCCGGGCCACAGAAGCAAACCCAGAUGGAGGAUCUAUCUAUUCUAGAACCCUGUAGAAGCUCACAACCUAGCAUGCUAAUCAAAAUUACCUCUGGUGGGGUUUGGGUUUGUUUUUUUAAAUUCCUUUUGCACAAAACAACCAAAUCUUAUCAAUUGUUUUCUGGUCCCAGAAGGGAAAUGGCCAAGUAGGCAGGGCCAUAGUGAGGCCCGAGUCCCCUUCUUCUCACCCUGGAAGGCCUUGAUUGUCCAGGGCGCGCCUCUCGGUCACCCCUCCGGUCUCCCCUUCCAGUUGCCCCUUCCCACUGUGUAAGUGUGCUGGCCCAUGCCCCUGCCCCAGAAUUGUGUGCCCCACCCCCUAGACUUGCUAGGAUGAAACUGUGUAUUGUACACACCUAUAAAUACAUGUUUUAUGUCAAUAGAGAUAUAUUCUGUAAAUAGCAUAUAUACUUGAGCAAUAUAUAUGUUAAUAUAUUCCGUGUGCGCAGGACAUAGGCAAGGGCCUCACCUCACGUGCGCACACACAGGGACAUUUGAGCCACCGUAUAUUUUUAAUUUGAAUAUGUAGGCAAUACAGUGAUCGGAAAAGCCCUGGGGUCCUUGAGGCCAGCCUGAGGGGGAGACAAAGCCACCAGCCUACUGCAUCUAGAACAGGCUUAGGGGGCCAGCGUGGUCUACUUUAUUGCUACUGCACCCCAUGCUCUUACUUUAUUUGGGGGGAUAUUGGUCCAGGAGAGGGAUUGGGAUUUUUGCAUUUUAUCAGUGGCUCCCUCCCUCAGGGUUACUCCAAAAACUGUCUGGUAAACCCAUUGUGUUCUAGCCUCCCGCCCAGAGUCCCUUCUCGAUAGAAAGCUGUAGGUCUGGCAUCUUACCUGAUUUAUGGUUGUGUGUAUUACUUGUUUUCUUGAGACAGGGUCUUUUUAUAUAGCCCUGGCUGUCCUGGAACCCCCUGUGUAGACCAGGUUGGCCUUGAAUUUAUAGAGAUCUGCCUGCCUCUGCCUCCUGAGUGCUGGGAUCAAAGGUGUGCGCCACCAACACAUGGCUGAUUUUUUUUCUCCCUUAAUUCCUGCUAGUUUAGGAAUCUCAGGUUCUCUCCCCUGCUCUCUUCCUAAAGCUGACUCCAUAGAACCCAAAACACAUCACCCCAGCUGUGCGCCAGGAGAGGAGCUGGGCCCUGGGUUCUGCCUGCCAGUCUCUCAAGGACCCCAUUAUUUAGCUACUGGGUCCUUAUGAGUAAGCUGGCUCUCUGCGUUCUGUGGGUAGCGUUGACAUGACAUAGUCUACAGCUCUGGGGGAUGUGACAGUCCCAUUGAGAGCCUCUACUCUUGUGUUUUUAGUGCUGUCUCUCUACUUUUGGGCAUCUCCUGGUUUUAUGAAUGUGGGGGUGGGGGUCACUCCGGCCCCUGCUGAGCCAGCCUCAGAGGUGACCUAAGCGGCAUGCCAGUCAGCAGUCAGGGUUCUCUAGGGGACUUUGUAUUUUUCUGUGCUGUUGAGGACUGUAAGCCGGGCCUUGUGCAUUCAAGUUCUCCAUGGUAGGAGCCUGGGGGUGUUCAGAAGGUAAAGGGCCAGGAAUCACAGGUGCCCUGGGCAGGGCUGCCGAGUGAUGGACUCCAGCGCUCUGUGUCUGCCUGAAAGUCUAAUUGGAAAAGCUCACAGUGGGGUAUGGCUCAGGGGAUAGUGUGAUAGUGUGUUCACCUAGCAUGCUUGAAGCCCUGGGUCCGGUUCCCAGCACUUGGGAGACCAAAGCAGACAGAUCACAAGUUCAGGCCAGCCUGGGCUGCGUUAGACCCUAUCUCAAAAAAAAAGUCAAAUAUCACCUGUACCUUUUUGACUACCUGUCCACUACAGACUAAAGAAACUAUCCGGUGUCCCAUUGAUGGCUCAGUCCCACAGCCUGGAACUAUUUCUCCCCCAGACUCCCAACAGCACUGCUAACUAUAUACUCCCCUCUUCCACAGGGUCUCUAAAGACUGCACACACACACACCUCGCCCACCAGCCACAGACCACAGGUUCCUCUUGUGAUGGGUGGGGUCUCGGGGCCUGGUUCAGUCUGCUGCCAGUCUGGCGGUGGUGUGGAAGCAACCUGCUCAGGCUGGCGAGCUGGUUCCCCUGCACCUUUGAGAAGAAACUGUGGAAGUCAAAAGACAGGCAGGCAGGUGGGAAGCAGCAAGCUCCUGUGCAUGGCCAGCGCACCCCUUUGUAAGGUUCAUGAUCGUCAAAGAGCUGAAGCCCCGUGCUACCAGCCCCUCCCAGCCACGUUCCCAGGCUAACCCUUUAAAAAUCCCCAGGCACACACCAGAGCCUCUGGCUUGGAUAGGGGACAACACAGGCUCUUUGUGGCUAUGGCAACUCUGACAAAGGGAGCAGAAGGAAGGGUCUGUUUUGACAGGGUUACGGUCCGGUCCAUCACAGCGGCAGGAGCGUGAGGCGGCCAGCCGGUAGGUCCCGUGGCGCCCACGGUCAGACGGAUGCUGGGGCUCAGCUCUUUCUCCUUUGUAUUCAGUCCAGUGCGGCCCGCAUUCAGGGUUAGGUUUUCCCACCUCCAUUAAUCCAGUCUCCCUGACAGACUUAAGCAGAGGUUUGUCUUCUAGGUGGUUCUAGAUCCUGUCGAGAUGACUAUUAAGCAUCUGUGAUCAGAAUUGGGAACCGUAGAUGGGCUUGGCGAGGGGAGCCUGGACGGGCAAGGACUGGGGGCAGGACUCACCAACAGGGAUGGGAUAUAGCUUUGAGUUUCCAGGUGAUGGGCAUCGUCCUGAAGAUGGGAAUAUAGUCUGGAAGGGCGGCAGACCUCCAUUUUGACAUCCAGGAAGGAAGUGGGGCCGAGGUGGCCAACAGCCGGUCAGCCUCGCUUCGUGGUAUGUGGCCGCCGUGGAAGAGCAGAGCUAACUUAACAGACCUAACCUCUUCAUGCAUCUCCGCUUUCUGGUUCAUGUCCGUUCCCUAAUCUGAAGCAGCAAAAGGACACGUUUAACUGAUCCCAGGGUGACCUCCAGCACCCCCUCAGAAAGCUGCUCAGCUGGGGGAGGGGGGGCCCCGGAAGGCACCAGGCAAGGCCGUGGCGCUUGUGAGCAUCGGUUUGGAGGCGUUUUGUGGCACUUCGUAGAAGGACAGGGAAGCUGGGAAAGCCCAAAGUGCAGGGUGGCCCUGUCAGGGUGGUGUUCUGUGUGGUUGUAUUUACGUGCUUGCGCGCGUGUGUGUGUGUGUGUGUGUGUGUGUGUGUACAUGUAUUAGGCAUGAGUGUGUGCACACAUGUGCAGAGACUGUCUCAGAGCUACAAGCUGUUUUCAUGCAGUGUUUGGCCCCCUCAGCCUAACCCACUGCCGCAUACAGUUCACCAGGUUUGGGGGUGGGGCGGCUGCAGGCCCUGGCUCUGAGGUGGAACGUGGGGUUGCCCUGAUGGGAUAGUCUCCUUUCCCUCUUCUCUGCAUUCCCAGGAAAGACUGCCCUCAGAGGGAGUCCAUGCAGGCAGCCUGAGCUGGCCCAGGCCCCCCAUGGGACUCUCCAGACAUUUCAGUUUUGCAGACAGUAUUAGUAGGGAGAGGGACUGGAGACAAGAGGAGCCCCUUGCUUACCAGAAACUCAUCUUGGGAAGGGGUCCACAAAGCUAGAGUCCCCAGCUAUGGGCGGGAUUCAAGUCUACACGGGCAGAGCCUAGCACGGUUUCCCUUUGUACUGCCUCAGUUUACCUGUAUCGCAGGAAGUUAGAGCAGGGUCAGCCCCCGGACAAUAAACAGGGAGAUGGACGUUCAACCGUAGUUCUAACCCUCCUCUUGUAUGCCAAAAUCAUUUCCGUUAUCCUGAGGCAGGGGAGCAGGUGUGGGUGCCUGUGUGGUGUUUAAGGGACCCUGCCCUGCCCACAGCCCCAGCUGACCCUCACCUGGCAUGCUGUGCCCAGGUCACCAGCAACAGUGGUACUUCAUCGGUCCUGCAGCUUGGGUGAGGGGAGGACUGGGGUCCUACUCUCCCCACCUCCGGGGCCUUCAUGCUUUCGUUUUGUCAAAGAAAAAAAACCCUUCGGAGUUGUGUACUGUAUGAUGGAGAGAGAAAAAAAGUACCUAAUGUUCCCCCUAAAAAAGACAGUAUAUUUUGUACUUUGUAAAGUGUUCAUUAAAUGAAGGGGAAAAAAAGAUAA